CUGGCAGGGGCACUCGCUGUUCUGCAGAAAGACCAUGUCGCCCAGCACGCCAUCAAGCUCUACCGAAGCAAGGCGACCACACACAGCCACGGCUGGGUGGCCAGAAACUGCAAGCGUCUGGUGGGUCUCCUGAAUCAGAAGAAUGUGGCUGUUAAGAAGCUGGCAGCGGCGGCUGAUGCGGUUGGACGUGACCAAAGCCUUUCAGAGCCGGAGAAGCACUUCCAGGUUCACACUCUGGAGGUGUUGCAGAAGGAGCUGAACGAGAGUGAGCACCUGGUUUUCCAGGCGAUGCACAGCCUGCAGAGGGCGCUGCAGGGAGACUACAGGGAUGUGGUCAACAUGAAGGAGAGCAGCAGACAGAGGCUGGAGGCCCUCAGGCAAGCAGCCAUAAAGGAGGAGCAGGAGUACGUGGAGCUGGUGGCCGCUGAGAAGCACCAACUGGAGGCCGUGAAGAGCGCCCUGGCCCAGAACAAGUCUCUGUCCAUGCUGGAUGAGAUUCUGGAAGACGUGAGGAAGGCAGCCGAUCGACUAGAGGAAGAAAUUGAAGAGCACGCCUUCGACAACAACAAACAGAUGAAGGGGGUGAACGUGGAGGCGGUGCUGAGGGUGGAGGAAGAUGAGGAGAACGGAAGGAAAACGAAGAACAAGUCCAGACACAAAGAGGCGGAGAACGACCUGGGCCUGAGCAUGCUGAUCGACUCGCAGAAUAACCAGUACGUUCUGACCAAACCAGGGGACUCCACGAUGCCGAGGGCCGACCCCCACUUCAUCAAGGACCUGGUCUCAGUGGUGAUGCUGUCUCUGCCCUGUGGCUGGAUUUGCACGCUGGUCGGUCUUCCUCCCAUGUUCGGAUACAUCAUCUGCGGGGUGCUGCUCGGCCCCUCUGGUCUAAACAGCAUCAAGUCAAUGGUCCAGGUGGAGACUCUGGGCGAGCUGGGCGUGUUCUUCACGUUGUUUGUGGUGGGCCUGGAGUUUUCCCCCGAGCGUCUUCGAAAGGUCUGGAAGACCUCAGUCCAGGGGUCGUGUUAUCUGAGUCUUCUGAUGAUCGGAGCCGGCCUGCUGUGGGGACAAUUACUGCACAUUAAAUCCACGCAGACUGUUUUCAUCUCCACCUGUCUGUCCCUGUCCAGCACUCCGUUAGUGUCCCGCUUCCUAGCAGGAGGAAGCAGGUUGGACAAGGAAGGUGACCUGGACUACGGCAGUGUUCUCCUCGGGAUGUUGGUGACGCAGGAUGUUCAGCUGGGCCUCCUAAUCGCUGUCAUGCCGACGCUGAUCCAGGCACAGAGUGGAGACUUGGACAACAGCCUUCUGUUGGGAGGCCUGCGGGUGCUGUAUCUGCUGGCUCAGGUCCUGCUGUCCCUGGCCGCUGUGCUGCUGCUCUGUUUGCUGCUCAAGUCAUUCCUGAUCGGUCCCUUUUACAAGAAGCUUCACGCCGAGAGCAAAGGCAACAAGGAGAUCCUGGUGCUCGGGAUGGCAGCUUUAGUCUUUUUCAUGUUGACGGUAACCGACUUUAUGGAUGUUUCCAUGGAGCUGGGCUGUUUCUUGGCUGGAGCUUUGCUGUCCUCGCAGGGCCACAUGGUCACAGCGGAGGUCCUGGGAUGCAUCGAGCCCAUCAGAGAUUUCCUCGCCAUCAUCUUCUUUGCGUCUAUUGGUCUUCACAUCUUCCCGACAUUUGUGCUGUAUGAACUCACCAUCCUGCUGGUGUUGACCCUCACUCUGGUCAUUAUGAAGUUCAUCAUGGCUGUGCUGGUGCUGUCCGUCAUCUUGCCCCCGAGCUCACGACACAUACGCUGGAUCGUCUCAGCGGGUCUGGCGCAGGUCAGCGAAUUCUCCUUUGUCCUGGGCAGCCGCGCACGUCGAGCGGGAAUCAUCUCCAGAGAGGUCUACCUGCUGGUGCUCAGUGUCACCACCCUCAGCUUGCUGCUGGCUCCGCUGCUGUGGAGAGUCACCACACACAAAUGGGUUCCUCGCACAGAACGCAGAACCAUCACCUGA